GAUCUCGCCUCCGUCAUCAUCGUCAUUCGUCGAUUCUGAAGCUGCUAUUAUCUAGGGUUUAUCUGUAGCUAUUGUGUUGUUUUAGAGUAUUAUCGAAGAUGAUUUCUGCUGGAGGCGUUGGUUCGACGAAGGGAGGGAGAGGGAAGGCCAAAUCCACGAAAUCAGUGUCCAGAUCGCAUAAGGCAGGGCUUCAGUUUCCGGUUGGGAGGAUCGCGAGGUUUCUGAAGGCUGGAAAGUACGCCGAGCGUGUCGGAGCCGGGGCUCCGGUCUAUCUCUCCGCCGUGCUUGAGUACCUCGCCGCGGAGGUUUUGGAGCUUGCUGGUAAUGCCGCGAGAGACAACAAGAAGAAUCGAAUAGUUCCGAGACAUAUUCAGCUAGCGGUGAGGAACGACGAGGAACUAAGCAAGCUUCUGGGCAGUGUCACGAUUGCAAAUGGAGGUGUUUUGCCCAACAUUCAUCAGCAUCUCUUACCCACAAAGAGUGGCAAAGCAAAGGGCGAUAUUGGCUCUGCUUCUCAAGAAUUUUGACUUUUUGAUUUUUUUUUUCCUUCUGAUUGUUCGGCUUUUGGGCACAUGGAAAAAAAUCUAGAAUUUGAUUUUCGAAUCAGCUUCACUGAACCUCAGAUCUUAAUUCUGCUUGAUUAUUUGUUGAUAUGGUAUUUGGUUAACUAUUCAUGGAUC